AUGAACCGUAUCUACCGACUCGUCUUCAAUCCUUCGCUGGGCCAGGUGCAGGUCGCUGCGGAGUUCGCGCGCGGGCCACGUCGCUGCGUCCCGGAGCGAUCACGCACUCCCCUUUGGCUGGCACCGUUGACCGCGGCGCUGCUGCUGACCGGCAGCCUGCAGGCCACGGCGCAGACCCUGCCACAGAACGGCACCAUUACGUCGGGCUCGGGAAUCAUCAACGUCAAUGGCAACACCAUGACGAUCACCCAGCAGAGCCAGGCUGCGUUGUUCCAGUGGAGCAGCUUCAGCAUCGGCUCCGGCAACACGGUCAGAUUCGAUCAGGCAGGCUCGAGGUCGACGGCGAUCAAUCUGGUGACCGGCCCGUCCGCCAGCAUCAUCAGUGGCCAGCUGCUGUCCAACGGGCAGGUAUUCCUGCUCAAUCCGGCGGGCAUCACCUUCACCGGCACUGCCAGCGUCAACGUGGGCGGGUUGCUGGCCAGCACCCUGACGCCCGGCGCACAGGGGAUUCCGCUGGAUAGUGGUGGGUUGCCGCCCAGUUUUGAACUGGGCGGCGCAGGGGCCGGUGCCGCGGUCAGCAACCUGGGAGGUACGCUGACGGCGACGGCCGGCGGGAUCAGCCUGGUCGGCGGUUCGGUGUUCAACAACGGUUACAUCGCCGCACCGCUGGGCAACAUCGAUCUGGUGGCGGCCGGUGCCGUGACCGCGGUGACCGGUGUGUCAUCGGCCGGCAUGCCAAGCCUGGCGUUCGUCACCACCGCAGCGAGUGGCAUCGCAGGAACCGGCAUCAGCAACGUCGGCACCCUCAGUGCACGCAACAUCAGCAUGACGGCAUUGAUGGGACCGGGUCUGUCCGCUACCGGCAUCAACGCGGGCGGCACGAUCAUCGCCAACGCCAUCGAUGCCAGCGACGGCAGCCUGACCAUCCGCAGUUCUGCACCGGUGGCGAUCAACAACGCCAUCGUUACGGCCACGGCGAUGUCCACGGUGGGAUCGGCUGUCAUGGGGGGGCCGGUCGCCGUCCAGAUGACCGGCGGCAGCAUCGACGCCAGGACCGUGAACUUAAAUGGCGGCAUCAACGGCGACGUGGUGCUGUCAGGCUCGAUCAAGGCAGACUCGAUCGGAAUCGACGCGAACAACAUCACCCAGACCGCGGGUUCGCUGGAGGGCGCGCUGCAACUGGAUACGCAGGGCCGAGUGACCCUGGGACAGGCGAGCAAUGCCAUCAGCCGCGUUGGUGGCCAUGUCGGUACCGACCUGACCCUGGCCACCUCGACCAGCCUGGCGAACAGCGGGGCGCUGUCGGUAGUUUCGGCAACCGGGGUCAGCGCGAAAGGAGCCGAUGUCAGUCUGGUCGGCAUCGGUGCACUGAACCUGGGCGAUAUCGACGCGCGCAGCCUGGAUGCGCAGGGCGGCAGCCUUGGCCUGAGCGGUACGAUCACCACGUCCGGUAACCAGGCCUACCGGUCCGCGGUGACACUGCAGGGCAACGCGACGCUGCAGGGUGGGACGAUCCUGUUCGACGGCACCGUUGAUGGCAGCUACCAGCUGGGCGUCGACGCCAGCGGAAUGGCCACGUUCUCCGGUGCCAUUGGUGGCAGCACCGCAUUGCAGGGCCUGAAUGUCAGCACGGGCAACGGUGCGCGCCUGUUCGGCGAUGUCAGCACGCUGGGCACGCUCGGGUUCUCUGCCCGGUGCGCAGUGUACGGUGAGCGCAGCCUGACCUCGCUCAUCGGGAGCCUCACACUCGGCGGAACGGUCGACGGUGACGGUGGCGGUCUGAAUCUGAGUGCACGCCAGCUCACGAUCGGCGGCGAGGUGGGAGGAGCCGGGGUGGUGGGUCGCCUGCACGGUCGCGCCGAUACCAUCGUGCUGGGCAGCCGCCUCACCAGCACCGGCGAUAUCCUGCUGCAGGGCAACGUGGUGCUGGACGGCAACACGCAGCUGAUCAGCACUGGCGGCGGCGCCCUCACCACCGACGGCAUCUCCAGCAACACCGCCGGUGGUUACAACCUGGCACUGACUACUGGCGGCCAGAUCCAGGUCAACGGCAACAUCAAUGCCGCCGAUGUCAGCAUCACCGGGCUUCUGUUCAACGGUCGAGGCAUCGUCAGCAAGCGCAACCUCAGCAUCGACUCCGCGAUCAGCCUGGUCCAGGCCGGCAGCUACCAGGUCGAUGGCCGGGCCUGGUUCCGGAGUGCGGGGAACAUCAAUCUGAUCGAUGCAGGCAAUCGCUUCGGUGGCGAGGUCGCCCUGGCGGGCAGAAGUGCCCAACUACGCGCGGGCGAUCUGCUGUUGGGCAACAGCACGCUGACGGAGAACCUGCGGCUGGAUCUCACCGGCGGGCUGCAGCAGGCCGCGGGCAGCAUGCUGGACGUCGGCGGCACCACCCAUAUCGAUGCCGGCGGCGCCGUCAACCUCGACAGGACCGACGGCAUGGGCCGGCCGGUGAACCGGUUUGGCGACACGGUGUCACUGAAGGGCCGCGGCAGCUACAUCUCUGCUGCCGGCACGCUGGCGUUCUCCGAUUUCGAUGUGGACAGCCUGAUUGCGACGGCUGAUGUCGUGCAGCUUCCCGCCAGCGGCAGGAGCAUCGGCCUGCAGUACUUCCAGGGCGAUGUGGCGCUGACCCGCGACAGCGUGCUGGACAGCCAGCUUGGCCAGAUCAGUUUUCGGGGGCGCAUCGAUGGUGGAUACGCACUGACGCUCACAAGCGGGCUCAACGUAGUGUUUGCCGGUGACGUGGGCGGCAAUCAGGCGCUCGCCAGCCUCGACAGCCGUGGUGCGGGUCCGCUCCAGCUCGGCGGCAACAUCACCGCCGACGGCGCGAUCCGCCUGGGCAACGUCAACCUGGUGGCGAACACCCCCCGGGUGUUCAGCAUCCGCAGCAACAACGGCAACCUGUUGGCCGGUCGUAUCGACGGCAGCAGCGAUGGCCGCAGCAGCCUGGCGCUCAAUGCGCACGGCGCGCUUGAACUGCAGUCCGGUGCGGGUACCACGCCCGGCGCGGGGCUGGCCAAUCUCGAACUCAAGGGGUCAAGCGUGAUCGCGCAGGCGCUCCGCACCAGUGGCCGGCUUGACGUCAGCAGCGGCACCGGGUUCACCCAGGGCGGUACGCUCACCGUCGGUGGCGAUGCCAGCUUCAGCGCCGGCAGCGGUGGCGACCUGAUGCUGGAUACAACGGCCAACACCUUUGCCGGUAAGGUCGCGUUGAGCGGCAACCAGGUGCGGAUCCGCGCGCAGCCGGGCCUGGCACUGGAUGGCGUGACGGCCGCCGCGCUGGAUGCCAGCAGCACGGGCGCGCUGUCGUUGGCCAAUGCCAAUGUUGCGGGCGCUGCGAUCGUUGACGGUACGUCCCUGCUGUUCGACCAGGUGAGCAUCGGCGGCGCGCUGCUGGCUACCGCGAGUGCCGGCGACAUCCGCCAGGGAAGUGGCAGCGUGGCGAUCGGCAACAACAGCCAGCUGACCGCCAGCACCGAUAUCGGGCUGGGCGGAACCGGCAAUCAACUGGGCAGCGCACUGCAGGUACAGGGCCGUGACAUCACCCUGUCCAGCAGCACGGCCCUGGACCUGCAGAAUCUUCAGGCCGCGCGUGACGUGCGGCUCAGCGGCAACGGUGUGCGGCUCGGUGCAACCUCGGUGCAGGGCGCAUUGCAGGUCAACAGCGCCGCUGCGAUCACCCAGUCCGACGCGCUGCAGGUGACGGGCAACAGCCGCUUCCAGGCGGGUUCGGACAUCAGCCUGGACCAGGCCGGCAAUCGUUUCGACGGCAGCGUCGCCCUGCAGGGCGGCAACAUUGCCAUCACCGCCCGUGACGGCCUGCUGCUCGACAGCGUGUCCGCCCGCGGCAACCUGGAUGCGCGCGCGGGCCUGGGCGGUGUCUCCCAGCAGGCGGCGCUCGAAGUCGGCGGACGCAGCGACGUGCGCACGCAGGGCGCCAUUGCACUGGACCGUGCCGACAACCGUUUCACGGGUGCGGUCGGGCUGGACGGCAACGGUGUCGAUCUACGCGCAGCGGGCGAUCUGCAGGUCGAUCGCCUGAACAACGGCGGCCAGUCCGAUGUGCGCCUGCACGCCGGGGGAGGCCUGCAGCUGCCGGCCAUCGAUGCCGGUGCCGGCAACCUGACCCUGCUCGCCGAUGGCGGUGCGUUGCAGGCCAAUGCGCUGCUGGCCGGCAACAACGUGAGCGUGGUCGGCCGCGAUGGCGUGCGCCUGGGGGCCGAUCUGCGCAGCAGCGGUUCGCUGACCCUGGCCAGCAGCAACGCGGACAUCGUGCAGGUCGCCGUGCCCAAUGGCGUGGGUGGCAGCGUGCAGUCGGUCGGCGCAGUGCAGGUUGAUGCAGGCAGCGGGCGCAUCGCGCUGGGCAAUGCCGGCAACCGUUUCGGCGGCGCGCUCAACCUGUCCGGCGGUGACAUCAACGUAACCGGCGAUACGCUGCUGCUGGGCAAUGUGGCCGCGAGCGGCCAGCUGUCGCUGGCCAGUGCCGGCGACAUCCGCCAGCAGGGUGCUGCGCAGGCAGGAGGCACGACCCGGCUGAGCGCUGGCGGUGACAUCGACCUGCAGGCCGGUGGCAACCGCUUCGGAGAUGCGGUCACGGUGCAGGGCCGGCAGGUGGCACUGGCCAGCGAUGGCCCGCUGCAGCUGCAGGGCGUGACGGCGGGCAGCCUGGUUGCACGCAGUGGUGACCGUUUGACCCUGGGCGCCGCCGACGUCACGGGCAAUGUCACGCUCGAUGGCGCCUCGCUGCUGCUGGAGGGAGCCAGCAUCGGUGGUGCACUGGUGGCGACCGCACGCGCAGGUGCCAUCAACCAGGGGAGUGGCAGCCUGGCGAUCGGCAACAACAGCCAGCUGACCGCCGGCACCGAUAUCGUGCUGGGCGGAACCGGCAAUCAACUGGGCAGUGCCUUGCAGGUGCAGGGCCGCGACAUCACCCUGUCCAGCAACACGGCCCUGGACCUGCAGAACCUGCAGGCCACGCGUGACGUGCUGCUCAGCGGCAACGGCGUGCGGUUCGGUGCAACCUCGGUGCAGGGCGCAUUGCAGGUCAACAGCGCCGCUGCGAUCACCCAGUCCGACGCGCUGCAGGUGACGGGCAACAGCCGCUUCCAGGCCGGUUCGGACAUCAGCCUUGACCAGGCCGGCAAUCGCUUCGAUGGCAGCGUCGCCCUGCAGGGCGGCAACAUUGCCAUCACCGCCCGUGACGGCCUGCUGCUCGACAGCGUGUCCGCCCGCGGCAACCUGGAUGCGCGCGCGGGCCUGGGCGGUGUUUCCCAGCAGGCGGCGCUCGAAGUCGGCGGACGCAGCGACGUGCGCACGCAGGGCGCCAUUGCACUGGACCGUGCCGACAACCGUUUCACGGGUGCGGUCGGGCUGGACGGCAACGGUGUCGAUCUACGCACAGCGGGCGAUCUGCAGGUCGACCGCCUCAACAACGGCGGCCCGUCCGAUGUGCGCCUGCACGCCGGGGGAGGCCUGCAGCUGCCGGCCAUCGAUGCCGGCGCCGGCAACCUGACCCUGCUCGCCGAUGGGGGUGUGGUGCAGGCCAAUGCGCUGCUGGCCGGCAACAACGUGACCGUGGUCGGCCGCGAUGGCGUGCGCCUGGGGGCCGAUCUGCGCAGCAGCGGUUCGCUGAGCCUGGCCAGCAGCAACGCGGACAUCGUGCAGGUCGCCGUGCCCAAUGCAGUGGGUGGCAGCGUGCAGUCGGUCGGUGCGGUGCAGGUUGAUGCAGGCAGCGGGCGCAUCGCGCUGGGCAAUGCCGGCAACCGUUUCGGCGGCGCGCUCAACCUGUCCGGCGGUGACAUCAACGUAACCGGCGAUACGCUGUUGCUGGGCAACGUGGCCGCGAGCGGCCAGCUGUCGCUGGCCAGCGCCGGCGACAUCCGCCAGCAGGGUGCCGCGCAGGUGGGAGGCACGACCCGGCUGAGCGCUGGCGGUGACAUCGACCUGCAGGCCGGUGGCAACCGCUUCGGCGAUGCGGUCACGGUGGAGGGCCGGCAGGUGGCACUGGCCAGCGAUGGCCCGCUGCAGCUGCAGGGCGUGACGGCGGACGGCCUGGCUGCACGCAGUGCAGGACACCUGACCCUGUCGACGGCCAAUGUCGCCGGCGAUGUGACCCUGCAGGGCCAGCAACUGCACUUCGGCACGACCCGCGUGGGCGGUAACCUGCAGGCGGUGGGCAGCAACGGCAUCGAUCAGGACGGCACGCUGCGCGUGGAUGGCAGCGCCGACCUGCGCAGCAAUGCAUCGAUUGCACUGGGAUUGGCUGGCAACGAUCUGCGCGGUGCGGUGUCGCUGGCGGGCGCGGGCAUCGAUCUGACCAGUGCGGGCGACCUGCGCAUCGGUUCGCUCGACAGCCGCAGCGCAGCGGUUCGCCUGCAGGCCGGGGGCGCACUGGAUCUGCCCAGCGGCACAAUCGAUACCGGCAACGGUGACCUGCAGCUGCAGGCCGGCGGCGCAUUGCGGUUGCCGGCGGCGCUGCGCGGCAACAACAUCACCCUGCGCAGCGGCCAGGACCUGCAGCUCGGCCAGGAUGUACUGGCCGGGGGGGUAUUGCAGCUCGCAAGUGGUGGCACGCUGACCCAGACCGGGGGUGUGCUGGCCGCACAACGCCUGCAGGGCAGUGCCGGCGGCAAGGCCAGCCUGCGCGGCGACAACCGUAUCGCCACGCUCGGUGACUUCGGCAGCCAGGGCCUGGAGUUGAAAACCAUGCAGGGGCUGCAGGUGACCGGCAACGUGCAGGCCGGCGCACAGGGCCUGCUCGACGUGCGCGGUGGUGAUCUGCUGCUCGAUGGCAGUGUGCAGGCGGGCGGGCUGCGGCUGCAGUCGUCCGGUGCGAUCCGCGCCGGUGCCGGUGGCCGCCUGCUGGCUGACCAGCUCAGUGGACGCGCGGCCGGCCCGACGAUGCUGGGCGAUGCCUCACUGUUCGUGGCCAAUGCCAUCGGCACCCUCGGUGAUUUCCAGUCGCCGGCAGGCUUCAGCCUGACCAACGCCGGUACCCUGACCCUCGCCUCGCUCAACGGCAGCGCAUUCAGCGUCGAUGCCGGCAACAACGGGUUCCACCUGAAGGUGCAGGGCGGUGACAUCCGCCAGCUGGGUACCACGCCGGUGCUGGCCGGUGACAGCCAUUGGUGGUCCAGCGGUGGCAUCGGCACCCAGCCCCUGCCGAUCUAUCUGACCAGCGCCGGCAGAACGCACACGAUCGAUUUCAUCGGACGCCCGCCGGCCUAUUUCCAUGCCGUGGGCACAGAUGGCCGACCUCUCGUGGUGGGCGAUGGACCUGAUCCCGAAGCGAUGCGUCCUGGAGUGCUCGCACAGGGCGCGGUGCUGCCGCGGGCUGUCUAUGUCGAUGCGGCGGCAGCAGCCGUUGAGCAGCGUGCGAUCGGCAUCACGUACCCUGGAAUCCGGUUGCCUGCGGGGACGGCGCGGGCCUGCGACGGUGACGCGGCGGGUUGCGUGCAGUAA